AUGACAGCAGAAGGGAGCAGCAAUGAGAUGAUAGAAGAAAGCUCGAUCACCAUUUCUUCGAACAUGGCAGAUAACGAUGCCGCCAUCCGUGAAGCCGUUCCUUCAGAACCAACAGCCUCCGAGGAUCAGAGAAAAAUAAGGCCCUACCUUCGAAGCAGGCUUUGGAUAAAGAAGGAUGCCGAUUACGAUUUGGAUCCCUCGUAUGCCGACAGGAUUCUUGACAGGUUUAUUUUCCAUAUAAAUGCAUUGAGAGAAGGAAGGACAUACGAAAGGGACAUAAGGGAAGAUGCCUUUUACUACAAGUACACGCCGAUCUCUGUCUGCGACAUCGAGACCAUCAGAGGCUCUUCUGAUCUUCAAAGCAAAAUGGGAUGCAAGAGAUUGAGGGAAAUUUCUCUUCUGUUGGUUGACUACUGCAUGAAGUUCAACAGAGACGGAGAGGACCUGAUUGAUCUCGAAGUUGGCGCCAUAGAUCUCCCAGACGACACAAGAGCCCUCGUCAAGGAAACCGUCAUGAGGAAAAAGAGAAUCGUGAGUCUCUUGCAUAAGGUCAGAAACCACAUAGGAGAAAUAAUACUUAUGGGCGAGAAGUGUCAUAAUCACAUCGAAAAGUCAAGUGCUAUAGCUUUUAAAGAAAUCUCGUCUCUUGAGGAUCAAGUCUCUGGACAUAAUGAAUGA